AUGAGAGGAAGAACUGAACGUAAACCAUUGGGCGCCAAAGACACCAAUAUUCAUGGUGUUUCGCGGUCGACGUCCCCUUACAAACACAACAGCUCCAAGUCACCCUCCAGAUCGCUGUCGCCUGUUCCAAUUGACAAGUCGUCUCCUUCAAAGUUUGACAGCAGCGAGUCGCUGGCCUCUGGCUUAGUCAGACUCUCGCCUGGGAAAAGACCAUCUGGUGGGCUCAACUCGCCAACAAAGAAGCACAGAGCGCACAAGGAGUUCCAGAUUUACGAGGAUCACACGAAUUAUAGGGAUGCCCUUGACUCGCUAGAGUCGAUGGCAGUGACAAAUGUGGAAAACAAGGAGAACGAGAAUCCCCGCAGCAACAAGUGCAAAGAAAUCGAGAACCGCUCGCCGCAACGAUCGGCCACAAAACGUUCCGCGUUAGCGGAUUUGCGCAUCCACGAGUACCCGGGCUAUAUUCAGACUUUCGAGACCAACGAGGCUGGGAGAUCGGGGAUUCUGGCCCCAAAGCACCAGCUCACACAGGGGUUCAUGAUAAACACGGCUGGCGUUAACGCCUCGACCAAAAGGACUGCAGUCCCGUCGUUUGUGACGCCGCCUAAAAGAAACCGCAUCCACUAUAAGUACAUCGAAUCACUCAACAAGAUCGACCAGGCCAGACCUGUGCGCUCGCGGACAGACCUUGACGUCCAUGAGGUGCGGAAACUCACUUUUAACCUGCAUGACGACUCGAUAGCGAGAUACCAAGACGCGCAAAAAAAAUAA